GGGGCGGGGCGUUCCUCCUGACGUCACCACGUCGUCUCCUGACGUUGGCGGACUCUGCACUGGCGGCGGGGAAGUUAGCGAACCUCUGCUCCUGCUCCCGACGAAACCCCGUGGUUCAGAAAGAAAAGAUCAGCCAUGGCUCUGACUCAAGUGUCCUCCAACAAGUGCGCUGGCGGCUUCCAGAAGGUUUUCGAGCACGACAGCACCGAGCUGAAGUGUAAGAUGAAGUUCGCAGUCUACCUGCCUCCCCAGGCGGAGACUGACAAAUGUCCCGUCCUGUACUGGCUAUCCGGCCUGACGUGCACGGAGCAGAACGUUAUCACCAAAGCCGGCAGUCAGCUCGCUGCUGCCGAGCACGGCAUCAUCGUCGUUGCUCCGGACACCAGCCCACGUGGCUGUAACAUCGAGGGCGAGGAUGAGAGCUGGGAUUUUGGCACCGGUGCUGGUUUCUAUGUCGACGCCACCCAGGAUCCCUGGAAGACCAACUACCGCAUGUACUCCUACGUCACAGAGGAGCUCCCCAAAUUGAUCAACGCUAACUUCCCAAGCGACCCAGACAGGAUGUCCAUCUCUGGUCACUCCAUGGGCGGCCACGGGGCCCUUGUCUGUGCCCUGAAGAACCCUGGCAAAUACAAGGCUGUGUCUGCGUUCGCCCCGAUCUGUAACCCGAUGCAAUGUCCGUGGGGACAGAAAGCCUUCGCAGGAUACCUGGGCUCUGACCGGUCCACGUGGGAGGCGUAUGAUGCCACCGUGUUGGCGGGGGCAUACUCCGGUCCUCAGCUCGACAUCCUCAUCGAUCAGGGCCGGGAUGACCAGUUCCUGUCCGCCAGCCAGCUGCUGCCCGACAACCUGAUCGCCGUCUGCUCCGAGAAGAAAAUCCCCGUGGUCUUCAGACUGCAGCCGGGUUACGACCACAGCUACUUCUUCAUCUACUCUUUCAUGAACGACCACAUCAAGCAUCAUGCCAAGUACCUCAACGCCUGAACUGCCACUGGAGAACAAAACUCAUGGGUCCGCUUCACUCUGACUUCGAUCUGUUGAGUAGCCUUUGCGUUAUCCUGUUGACCCACAAACCAACAGACAGGUUAAAACGUAAUCUCCUUGGCGGAGGCAAUGAAGUACAUCACAGACAUUUCCGCCCUUUCAGAUGACUUUGUACUUUCAGUCUAAACAGCACUUAACCGUUUUUCUUGACUUGACCCCUGUACAAUUUUGAAAGCUGUCAGUUAUCAUUCACUGUUGCAUUUCUCAGAAUAAAAAUCUUCAGUUAUUCAUAA